AUGAGAGAGUUAACCAAGAGAACUACUGAGAGCAUUUGGAAGAUCCAAAACUACAGGCACAAUUUUCUACAAGCUCAAGCUGCUUUACUGACUGAUAAAUUUAAUGUGGAUUUGGUUGAUAGAAUUAAACAGCUUUCUUUUGAUCUUAUAAAGGCCACUAAUCUAGAAGAGCAGGUUCUAAUGAAAAGAGUCAAAGUAGAUUGGCUUCUUCUUAGAGAUAGAAAUAACAGGUACUUUCAUGCCACCUUGAAGAUAAAAAAUAAAGCUUUAGGUAUCCAUGCAUUAGAAGAUCCCAAUGGGAUGGAAAUAACAGGGCAUGACAAUAUGGAGAGAGAGGUGCUAAGAUUCUAUGAGGAUCUAAUUGGGAAAUCUAGCAAUCAGUUGAGACAUAUUAAUGUGGAGGUUUUGAGGAAUGGUGCUCAACUCAGUCAUACAGACCAAAAUGAGUUGAUACAACCUGUUGUUGACAAGGAAAUCAUGGCAGCCCUAAAAAGUAUUGGAGACACAAAGGCCCUUGAGAUUGAUGGAUAUAAUGCCAAAUUAUUCAUGGAAGCGUGGGAGAUCAUUGGAAAAGAUGUGAAGGCUGCAGUGUAUGACUUCUUUGAGCAUGGAAGACUGUACAAGGCAGUAAACUGUACCAUUGUUACUCUGAUUCUCAAGUUCCCAAAUGCCAAUAAGAUGAAGGAUAUGAGACCUAUUGCAUGUUGUAUAGUGUUAUACAAGAUAAUAUCCAAGAUUCUCACCAAUAGACUGAGCAAAGUUAUCAAUAUUGUGGUAGACUACAGUUAG